AUGGAUGGUGCUGGGUCGUCCGCUGUAUCUGGAUGUUCUGCUCGCGGAUUGACGAGCAGUUCGUUCUUUAAACGGUGCCAACCGUUUCUUGUCGGUGGCAGCUCGGGAUGCAUUGCCAUUGCAUGCGUUCAGCCUGUGGAUAUGAUCAAGGUCCGACUGCAGUUAUCCGUUGAGGGUACAAAAGCUGGCAAUCGACACACUGCGUUCUCAAUUGCCAGGGAAAUUGUUUCUAAUGGACGAUUUUUUGAUUUGUACAAUGGCCUUUCGGCAGGCCUCCUGCGUCAAGUUGUCUACGGCACCUCACGGUUAGGUCUCUUCUUCACUUUCGAAGACCUUCUGAAGGUACGAGCUACCGAGAAAGGCGACUCGUACGGAUUCUUCCAACGCACUCUAGCUAGUCUCGCUGCAGGUGGCAUAGGCGCGAUGAUCGGUAACCCAGUCGAAGUUGCUCUUGUUAGAAUGCAAUCUGAUGGCCUGAAGCCUGCGGCGGAACAAGCGCGGUACCGGUCAGUCUUUGAUGCCCUGACUCGAAUUGUCAGAACAGAGGGCGUUCCAACUCUGUGGAGUGGCGCAGCUCCAACAAUGGUUCGGGCUCUGGCGACAAACUUUGGACAGCUGACAUUUUUCUCGGAGUCGAAGGCACGGAUUCAAAAGCACACCAAGCUUCCGGAAAAGGCCCAGAGUGUCAUUGCCAGUUCGAUUGGUGGAUUCUUUGCGGCGUUCUUCAGUCUUCCUUUCGACUUUGUGAAAACCAGAUUACAGAGGCAGAGCAAGGAUACCAUAUACGGCAAAGCCGAGCAUUAUAAGGGUGUUAUAGAUUGCUUUGUUAAAGUGCUUAAUCAAGAAGGGCCAUUGAGGUUUUACAGAGGAUUUUGGGCGUAUUUUCUGAGAAUAGCACCAUUUACGUACGUCAACUUCUCAACGUCGCUUGAGACCCAAGCUGGCCUAGUUUCAAAGCAAUUCUAA